AUGCAGCAACGCGCCAAUCACUCACUGGCGACGUCGCCUGUCAAGAGCGCUAGAAGCCGCCAGUGCCCGCAUGGCACGCUCCCAUCUCGGGGUUUCACGGAGCCUGGCCGCGGCCGUGCAAGAUCCCACGGUGCGAUCCAGCGGCGCGUCCCGGAUUUGCGCGCGCUCCUCCCGCCGGCUCCCGGUUUCCUAGGAGGACCGCCCGCCCGCGCCCCUUCUCCCAUUGGCUGCUCGCCGCCGCCUCGAGAGAUCCUGCGUCCACACACGGAUCUGAAAGCGUCGCGGCUAGAGCUAAGCGUGAUAGAGUUCCACUCAGCGGCACGCCCUCGCCUCCAAGCUACCACCAUCAUUUCGGACGUGUCGACAAUGAUCAGUGCCCAUCGCUUCGCAGGCGCGCACUGCCUGUCGAUCGUAUGCGCACGCGCUGCUACGCGCGCUGCCAUUGCCAGGAAGGGUCGGCUCCGAGCUGGCACGCCUCUCGUCUCGCAGCACGCGUACGCGUAA